CAUAAAUGAAACAUGGAGAACCAGACCACAGUGCAUUACUUUCUGCUUCUGGAAUUCUCAAAAAAUCAGCAUUUGCAGCUUUUGCAUUUCUUCUUCUUCUUUGUGUUAUAUCUGUCUACUGUAACAACAAAUUUUCUCAUCAUCUUUGCAGUUGCUUUUGAUCAUCGACUGCAUAGCCCCAUGUACUUCUUUCUAAUGAAUUUGGGUCUGCAGGAUGUGGGCAUUGUUUCAGUCAUUGUCCCCAAAUCCAUGAUCAAUUCUCUCAUGGAUACCAGACACAUCUCUUAUUUUGGUUGUGUUACUCAAAACUUUCUCUUUCUUUCCUUGGAAGCAUCUGAUUUCUCCCUCCUGACAGUGAUGGCAUAUGAUCGGUAUGUUGCCAUUUGCCAUCCUUUGCACUAUGAGAUGGUGAUGAAUUGGAAAUACUGUACUGAAAUAAUAAUUCUAGUGUGGAUUGCCAGUCUCCUCUAUGGAAUGUUGCAUACAAUUGGCACUUUUUCCAUCCGUUUUUGUUCUAAUGUGGUCAACCAAUUCUUCUGUGAAAUUCCACAAUUGCUAAAACUAUCCUGCUCUGGAUUAAAUCUACUUGAAGUUGGAAUUCUUGUGUUUGGUAUCAUUGCUGCACUAGGUUGUUUUACUUUUAUAAUUGUAUCAUAUGCAGUGAUUUUCAAGGCAGUGUUAAGAAUCCCUUCUGAACAAGGAAGGCAAAAAGCCUUAUCCACCUGUAUUCCCCACCUUACAGUAGUAUCUAUGCUAAUAUUAAGUGGAUGCUUUGCCUAUCUGAGACCUGCCUCUAACACUCCAUCUUACAUUGAUUUUUGGUUGACUGUUGUUUAUGCCCUCCUUCCACCUCUGUUCAAUCCAAUUAUCUAUAGCAUGAGAAAUAAAACUAUCAAAUGUGUCCUUUCUCAGCUGUGGAAACUGUGA